AUGGCCGCUGCAGAGGCCUACGUCGUUGCAACCUCAACUCAGUUCAACAACUCCGUUGUGGAUUCCAUCAACGCAAACGCCGCCACCGUUUUGGCGUGCAAGUCUGGAAACACGUCCUCCACUGCCGCUGCAGUGAACCCGGUGCCGGCUAUCGUGCUGGGAAUGCCCAACCUCGUCUCUGCUUCCAGCCGCGUUGACGGCAGCAGUGGAAAUCUCCCCGAUUCUGAUGCAACCAAUCUUCUUCCCUUUGGCAAUCCAGAAAACCAAAGUGCUCACAGCAGCAAUGCCGGUCACGAUGAUUUGGUCCUACAUGAGAGGGAGACCACACGGCUUGCUGUAAAGGAAAUGGAUCAACUUCUACACAUGAUCCACGACGAAGUGGGUUCCUCUGACACCUCUCUUUGCACCGCAAGUCUGCCAACCAUCAAAAAAAUCGGCCGACUUCAUGAAUCGAUGAACUGGUUGCUACGUUGUGAAAAAAACCGGAAUACAUGGCUUCAAACCCUACCUAAAGCGGACGCCACGCGUUUUGUGAACGUCACACAGGAACUAUCCAGUCUCUCUGACGCCUGUAUCCUCAUGAUUUACCUUGACGUGCGUGUGAAGGCCUUCAAUUUGUUCGGAAAUCUGCCGCGUCUUCUGAAGGAUGCCCUCAUUCACACCCUCAGCCAGCACAAAAUCAGGUUCAUAUUUGAUGGCCUGGGUGAUUUCAUUUCCCAGCUCUUUAUUCGAUUUAUUCCUCAAAUCACACGAAUUAAUUCGAACGGCAAUAGGAAGAUGUGCCGAAAUAUAUACAAGUUGCAGCAGACCCUGGCUCUCUUGACGGAGAAUCAUGAAUCCGAUUUGAUCCGCGUUAAGCAACUGUAUGAGUUACUUUAUCUCACCCCGGAGGCAAUCGUUAAUAGGAUAAUCGAACAUGGUGCGGCAUUCAAUGCAACAGUCUAUCAGAAUCUGCUUCAGCUGUACCAACGGAGUCACCCUUCGCACGAUCAUCUGCGCACGGAGGACUGCAUCUCGAAACUGUCUGGAAUAAUUCAUUCGCAUCCGAUCUAA